GAGCCCGUUGGAAGGAGUAUCCUCAUGGAAAAUUACCCAGUGAGGAGAAGGAGGCCUGAGUGGCGUGAUGAUGGGGGUGGAGGCCGGGGGAAAAAGCGGGGACAAGUUUCCCUGCCAGGACAUCGGUGUUUGCUCCCGCCUGGGACAGGGCCCGAUUACAUCAGAAUUGGAGUGGGGAUGUAAACGGGGGAGGAGGAGGAAGAGGAGGAGGAAAAGGAGGAGGAGACUCACCCCUAUAAGAUCUGGGAGGACGAAAAAGAGGAGCCAAAAGACAGAACCGCACAGACACGUCAACGGUAAUUUAGGAAGGCAAAUUGGACCCCAGGACAGUUGGACGGGCAGAUUCUCUGGAGGAAAAAACUCCGAAGCCCUGAUGGCGACUGACCCGUUACCGGCCUCCCCGCGUCAGCCCCCUGCCUCAGUGGAGCGGGAAGAGGAAGAUUAUCUGGCCCUGGAUGAGUUGUACAAUCUGGGAGGGGGAGCGAGGAAGGGACGCAGUAAAAAAGAAGCGGCCGUCAACACCAACCGACCUAGUCCCGGCGGCCAUGAGAGAAAGUUGGUGACGAAGCUCCAGAACAUGGAGAAGAAGAAAAAGGGAGCGCACACCUGAGCCCGACUAUUAAAUCUUGGCCGGAGCAACAAUACCAGGACCACGGCAACGGCGACACAGGACAACGAGGAGUUGGGGACCCCGGCCCUUCGUGGAUGGAGACCCCAGUCCCCCCGGGAACCCGUUCGAUGCAGCAGUUAAGGGUGGAGGACGGUGAGCGGGGAGAACUGAGGGGGCUAAGGAGGAGAGGGGAGAGCCAGCCGAAGAAAUGGAGUAGCAAACUGGGCCAACUGGAUUUCGGGGGCAAUAAAGAUUCAGUCUUUGUGUGUG